CAAAUAUUCAAAAGGAAUCUUGUUGACAAUAAUAUAUAGAAGACAUAAAGCCUGUGAGUUAUGACGGGACACGGGAACCUGGAAAACAGACCAAUUGUUGCAUUCUUCUUCAUGCUCUGUGACAAGCUCUGCACCAUUUUGGGGAGAACUCUCUUCUCUGAGUUUCCCUGAGGCAUGGAAAAUGGGAAAAGGGAGGUGAGCUGCAAAUGCCACAAAGGUAGUGAAUCUCUUUUCACCACCCUGGUGACUCUUCUCUUCCUAGGAAAGGAGACCUUCUUUAAAGCAGUGUUGUCUUCUGUUCCCCCCUUGGCUCAGGGUUCCAGUGUGGAGCCUCCAGUAAUGUCUGUAAUCGCUGGCUUGUCAGUCUGUCCGAGGUAACGCUAAAGGUGUUUCUUUCCUUAUUGUUUGGGGUACUGCCAUAAGAUUGUUGUAAUGAAUAAUCGACACGGAUAUAUGCAGUGCUUACCACGUAUCCUAGCAUAUGAUAAGUCAUCAACAAACACAAUUCCCCUCACACGUUUGCUGGACGUCAUCUAAUUCUUCCUCUCCCUUCCUAUGGUUGGAUAAGCUGAGGUUCGUACGCUGUGUCCCAACGCCACUCAUUCCUUCAUUGCACAUUCCAAGUUCAGAUGGCUGAAGUUAAACUUAGUUUUUCCUUUUGGAGAGCUACUUUCCUUGGGCUUGGAGUGGGCAAGAGAAACACAAUAAUCCCUAAGGAAGAUGCAAAAGGAAACAGACAGUUCCUUAAUCCUUGGCUAGAGAGAUAACACGGUCUUAGUCUUAGAGAAUGCCUCCUAGUUGGCCGUCAGUUCGUUGGUUGUAUAUUUUGCCUUAAUCCUUUUCUUAGCAGAGCUUUCCAAGGAGGAAUGAAGUUCUUGCUGCCUGCAGACUUUGUGCUGAGCUUCCCAUACAUUUCCCGGAUCCUGGCCUCUGUCUCUGUCCAUGACUCUCCUUUCUGCAGGUGCUGUCCAUGGAGCGGGGCAACGGGACCCUGGUGACAGAGUUCGUCUUCCUCGGCUUCUCUUCUCUGGCCGGGCUGCAGCGGCUGCUCUUUGUUGCCUUCCUGCCCCUCUACCUGUUCACUCUGGGCACCAAUGCCAUCAUCGUUUCCACCAUCGUGCUAGACAGAGCCCUUCACACCCCCAUGUACUUCUUCUAUGACCGCUACGUGGCCAUCUGUAACCCUCUGCGCUACACGGAGCUCAUGGGACACGGGGUGUGUGUGGGACUCGUGGCUGCUGCCUGUGUCUGUGGCUUUACUAUUGCACAGAUUAUCACCUCCAUGGUAUUCCACCUGCCCUUCCGCACCUCCAACCAGCUCCGUCACUACUUUUGUGACAUCGCCCCUGUCCUCACGGUGGCAUCGCACCACUCACGCCUCAGCCAGUUGGUCAUAUUCAUGAUUGGUGUGUUUGUCUUGGUCGUUCCCCUGCUACUUAUCCUGAUCUCCUACAUUCGUAUCAUUUCCGCCAUUCUGAAGAUCCCAUCCUCCACCGGCAGGUACAAGGCUUUCUCCACCUGUGCCUCUCAUCUCAUCGUGGUAACUGUUCAUUAUGGUUGUGCCUCUUUCAUCUACUUAAGGCCCAAGUCCAGCUACUCCUCAAGUCAAGACACCCUCAUAUCUGUGUCCUACACCAUCCUGACUCCGCUGUUCAAUCCAAUGAUUUACAGUCUGAGAAAUCAGGAGUUCAAGUCAGCCCUUCGAAGGGUAAUGGGCCAUACUUCAUAUCCUAUUAACUAA